UAACUUUAAGACAGUCCAACUUUCCCUUCUUCACUGCUACAGUCCUGUUCCAGGCCACCUCAUCCCAUGGCAUCUCACUGACUACAGUGCCUCUCCAAGCCUCACAGGCUAGCCGACUCCAUAGCCACCCUGUCUCUGAGGCCACCACCGCUCCAGACUCCAUUGAUGCUUCUUACCGAAACAGCUCUCUUAGGAAGAUCCCAGACAUGAACUGGACACAGAUGGCUUCAAAGUUCAGUGUAUUCCACAAUAUAACAUCUGGCCUUGCACUGAGCACUGAAGAAACCUUGCUGAGCAAUUCCACAGGGAAUGGUGUUGGGAAGGCUAACCUGACCUGCACGAUUGGCGGGAGGCACAAUUACAUCUUCCUUAUGAUCCCUAUCAUAUACAGCAUCAUCUUUGUGGUGGGGGUUUUGGGGAACAGUAUGGUGGUCCUGGUCAUUUAUCGCUACCUGAAGCUGACAACCGUGGCGAACAUCUUUCUGCUAAACCUGGCCCUGGCCGACCUGAUCUUCGUCAUCACCUUGCCGCUCUGGGUGGCCUACCUGGCCCUGGAGUACCACUGGCCUUUUGGGAUCUUCCUGUGCAAAGUGGGCGCCACCAUCAUACAGCUGAACAUGAACGCCAGCGUCUUCCUGGUCACUUGCCUCAGUAUCGACCGUUACCUCGCCAUCGUGCACCCCAUGAAAUCGCGGACGAGACGCACACUGGUCCACGCCUGGGGGGUUUGCAUCGUGGUGUGGAUCUUGGCCAUUCUAGUCAGCCUGCCCCCGAUGUUCCUCCGCAAAGUCUUUCACUACAAGGAGUGGAAUAAAACCAUCUGUGCUUUCAACUACCCAGAGAAGCACAAGACCCAGUGGGUAUUCGGCAUGGCUUUACUGAAGACCCUUCUGGGGUUUCUAAUUCCCCUGCUCAUUAUUUUGAUCUGUUACUCCCUAAUUAUCAAGAGCCUUGUGCAGGCCUACCGGAUUGAGCGAAACAAGCCAGUGAGCAACGAGGUAUUCAAACUGAUCGUGGCCGUCGUGGUGUCGUUCAUUUUGUGCUGGCUUCCGUUCCAGAUUUUCACUUUCUUGGAUGUUCUUUCGCGGCUGAAUGUUAUCAAACAUUGCCACAUCACCGAAGUUAUUGACACUUCCAUCCCCUUCACCAUCUGCGUGGCCUACUUCAACAGCUGCCUGAACCCCAUCCUGUACGGCCUGGUGGGGCGCAGCUUCAGAGAAAAGUUCUUCCUCCUUCUGAGGUGUGUGCCGCCCAAGAUCAGAUCCCACCCGAGUCUAUCAACCAAAAUGAGCUCCUUAUCUUACCGCACCAUCGAAUCGCUGAGUGCGAUAGCCAAGAAUCCAGUCUCCUCCAGUGAGCUAAGGUGCCCUACCUCAGAGGGGUGUCCCCUGGAUGUUCGGGCUUAGAAAUGUCCUGCGGACAUAAUCAUGAACCCGCACGAUGUCUCGGCGGCGAGUUGGAAUGGACUAACCAGGUUCAGAGAAACCAAAAGCCCUGCCACCAGAAAUGAAAUUUCACACAAUUAAUUUCUCAGUUCCAAGGAAAUCCUUGCCUCGAGGGGCUCCAACCUGCUGAGGCACUAGCUUCCAAUACUGGUCCUUUGAUCAAGGAGCCAAGCUGAAUGCAACAUUAUGGCAAAGCCCAGCACAAUGUCCACACAAGUACAGGAUUCACUGGAUUGUGUAACGGGAUUUAGAAUGUAAACCAUUCGGAGGAGUGUGCUGGGGUCCAUCGUAGCAUCUAACCUCCAAUGAACUCAGCUCCCUUCCUGGUCCUGUCUCAUCACACACACUUGUAAAUUAAGGUGAUGGAAAGGAAUCCCAAUUAAACCUCACUGUCUAAUUUCAUAAAUGCUUUACGCUACACUUUGCCACAGACUCAAAGCACUGCUCAACAGUUUUCAGUAUUCUUCUUGAGUCAGGUUUGAACUCGCAUCAAAUAUUACACGUGAAACCUCAAGUGAGGUUCAAAAUCAGCAGAAUGGCCCAUCUGGUUUAAUUCUUCUGAAUUCAACUAAAGCAAAGCAGAAAGAAAAGAAUCCAGGCUGCAAAAACAGGAAGGUGAGAUAUUCCUGACCUUGCGUGGACAGAAGAAACUUUCAACUUCACUGCAACUGUGGCUGUCCCUUUUUCAGAACUUGUAACAGAAAGGGGAAGUUACACAUUGCUGCUAUCUCUUUCCUGCCAACUCAAAGUGGAUACUGACAUUUCCUCAGGUAAAAGACCCCACUGUUUUUGCCUUUAAUCAAACCAAUGGAAGGUCUUCUGUAUAAAGGGCUUCACCAGUAUAUGGUGAUGGGACUCACUAUGGGCUUUCCAGUGUCAAAACUAUUGGAAGGUAGCUACCAAAAACCAGAAACAAUGAUUUGUCCAUUCUUCAGAACGGGCCUGGCCUCUUGAUGGAAUUGGACCGUGGGAUGUUCAUUAGGAAGCACCUAGAUAUGAUGCAGACCCACAAUUCCUUUUGUUCAAGUGACCAUCUUCAGGAUUUUAGACACGAUCGGUUUGAGCCCGACUGAUCUGGUACUGGAGCAGAGUUCCAGAAUCCUGGACACCUGGCAAAUUGCCAAAGUGUUUUCACCUAAAACUUGAAAGGAAGAAGUGUUUCGAUUUUUUUGACCAUUUCCCAAAUCUGAAGCAGGCAGAGACUGGAUUCAUGCAAGGAAACAGGGAGAGGUGAGAACACGACUUGAGAAGUGUGGUUUCCUUUGCAGUUACAAAACUUUAUUAAAAGCCAUUAACAACUACCAGUAUUUAUAUGGCAACAUUAGCAGAGUAAUAUGCCCUAAGGACUCAGGAAUUGUAUCAUAAAAGUAUUGACAGAUAAGGAGAUUGUAGCAUUCAGUUGUUUGAUGUUUCUGUGUUUCUCUUCAAUGUUCUCUGUGGGUAAUUACUCAAGGCCAGGUGGAGUAACUUGAAAAAGACAAAUCAAAGUGCAGUUAUCGAGCCCUUGUAGUGCAUUGGUCAUGUCCCUACCUCUGGCUCAGGCGCUCUGGGUUCAAGUUCCCACUGCUCCAUAUAUAACAUGCCUGAACAGGUUGAUUAGGAGACAAAAAAAAAGCCAUACUCAUCAUUAAACUGUGGACGUGCAGCGAAAAUUGUGAGAGGAAACAUCUUAAAGCAUGUGAACAAAAUCCGAUGUAAACAUAACCUGAUGUGUUUCAUUUCUGCAUCUCUCUGAGGCUUAAAAUAUGGGAGAUAUGUCAGGGCAGAUGGUCAAAAAAAUAUAGUCAAAGGCAUGGGUUCUAACAGGUGUGCCAAAGAAAAAUGGUGUGGGUUAGGAAGAGAAUGCGAGUUGUUAGUAUUUCUAUAGCUGAAGAGACGACUGUCAAAAACAGAGUGACCAAAAUUGGGGAUGCUCAAGAGAUUACAAUUGAAUCAAUAAAAUGCAUUGGACAUCCUACACACA